AUGGAUGGGGAAAACCGUAUCAUACUCAACGUAGGUGGUAUCAGGUAUGAGACGUACAAGGCGACGCUGAAGAAGAUCCCGGCCACCCGACUAUCGCGACUAACGGAGGCACUAGCGAACUACGAUCCCGUCCUGAACGAGUACUUCUUCGACCGCCAUCCGGGGGUAUUUGCGCAAGUCCUCAACUACUAUAGAACCGGCAAGCUGCACUAUCCGACCGAUGUCUGCGGACCACUGUUUGAGGAGGAGUUGGAGUUUUGGGGUCUCGAUUCGAAUCAGGUUGAACCGUGCUGUUGGUCUACGUACAGUGUGCAUCGUGAUACACAGAGCACACUCGCGAUACUGGACAAAUUGGAGCUAGACGAUGAGCAACCGUCCGAGGAGGCGAUUGCGCGGCUGUUCGGGUUCGAGGAGGCACUGCUAAACGGUGAGCUAACCUGCUGGCAGCGGACGAAACCGAAAAUCUGGGCCCUGUUUGAUGAACCAUCGAGCUCCACCGGUGCUAAGAUUGUAGCUGGAAUAUCGGUGUUCUUCAUCUGCAUCUCUGUGAUAUCCUUCUGCCUCAAGACGCACCCCGGUCUACGGGUGGAAAUUCCGGCCAUCCUGAACAUCACGAACAACGGCAGCCUUGGCGCACUGCCGGAUGCCGUGCCAUCCACGCUGGACGAUCUCCUAGACCACGGACAGUUGGACGAGCUGCUGCUGAACUACGGUUCACCCACGAUCACCACCACUACCACCAGUGCCACCACCGAAACCAGCCAGUCCGCAUCACCGACACGGCCGGAAACGACCACCCAGCGAACCGGUCGCAUCGUCUCGAGCGCCUACCGGAUGAACUCGGGCAAGGGUGCCAGCAUCGUGGAAAACUGGCAGGAAACGUACGGUCAGCCACACGAAGCAUUCUUCUACGUCGAGCUCGUCUGCAACGUGUGGUUCAUCAUCGAGCUGACCGUUCGAUUGGUGGUGACCCCGAACAUUUUCGAGUUUAUCAAAUCGCCCGUCAACAUCAUCGACCUGGCGGCAACCCUUAGCUUCUACACCGACGUCUGCCAGCGGAUGGGCGAACAGACGGGACUGCUGGAAGCGUUCUCGAUCGUGCGUAUCCUGCGGCUGUUCAAGCUGACGCGCCACUCGCCCGGUCUGCGCAUCCUGAUCCACACGUUCAAGGCAUCCGCCCGGGAGCUGACGUUGCUCGUGUUCUUCCUGGUGCUCGGUAUUGUUGUGUUUGCCAGCUUGGUGUACUACGCGGAAAAGCUGCAGGACAACCCGGACAACCAGUUCAAAAGCAUUCCGCUGGGGUUAUGGUGGGCGAUCGUUACGAUGACCACCGUCGGCUACGGUGAUAUGGCGCCGAAAACCUACGUCGGGAUGUUUGUCGGUGCACUCUGUGCCCUGGCCGGUGUGUUGACGAUCGCCCUACCGGUACCGGUGAUUGUCAGUAAUUUCUCCAUGUUCUACUCGCACACACAGGCUCGUUCAAAACUGCCGAAAAAGCGUCGCCGUGUGCUGCCGGUGGAACAACCGCGAAGGAAGCGCGACAUGGGUGCGGCCAACCGGCGGGUAAACGCGCUAAAACACCAACACACGCAACCGACACAUCCCGCCAUCUUUAAGGACGCUUUCGGUGGGGCGAAAAUCGGUCACGUGAAUGGCGUCAAUGUGAUAGGACUCACCCUCCAAGGACCAUCCGUACCGGGGCUGGCGGUCCUAAAACCACCCGUCGCACUACAGCAAGGUGAUUUCAUCAACGUGCCACAGCUGAGUUCCUUGCAGCCCCGUCAGCCGACGACCGGAAAUGUGGAUUUAUUGCUACCAUUACAGCCAAAAUUGCUCGUUCCGCUGGCAGUAGAGCGGCGAGAAUCCAAACCGGAAGAAAUGAUCCCACUGGAACCGAAAGUCACCCUGCAAAGCGAUCCGAACGGUAUGUCCGGCAACAAUACGCCGGGGGAUGAAUCUUGA